CCCUCAGUGUUUGGUGCGCAUGCCCCGGGAGGAGACACGCCUCUUCUAGCUGCAAGCCAUGUGGUUGGCGUUGGUAAAUAAAGACCUCUGCUAAUUUUUAACGUCUACUUUACUCUGAACUUUGAAUACAAACGCUGACUUUUGCACCGUCGCGGUAGCCAAAAUGUCUGCCGGCUUCGUGAACCUCGAGGCGCAGGUGGAGUCGGUCCUCGGAGCGCUGGUCAGAGCUGCCACGGUGGAGUUAACCAAACUGUUCGAGAGCAGAUACCGAGCCUCGGCGCUGGAUGUGGACGUGGGCCGCACUGAAGACAAAAAGCAAAACAACACACUGGAUAGUUUAACGACUGAGGACACCACACGUAGCAUUGGAGUGCAAGUGGACGAGGACAUUUAUCUGCCGUUUGAGCGAACUGGAGUCUCAGAUGGGGAUUGUUUGAGGGAGUGCAGGGAGGAGGUGGAGGGGUGUCCCAUGCCAUCAGAAAUCCUCCUGUCUGAACGUCAUGGCCAACUUGACCCGGAGUGGUCUCCUCUAAAGAAACCGGUUGUGGCAAAGACUGUCGAUAAGGUGGAGUUGAGCGGGAAUGAAGCAGCAUCUGCAACAAAAGUUGUUUUGCACGUCCCCGCAGACACAUUAAGACAUGGACCUAAGCAAAGCUCACCAGCUAAACAGAAGUUUGUCGUGAUCCAACCAGACACGUGUGAUAUCGUUUCGGGAGAGAAGGUUAAGUUUGUCUGCCCGUUGAUCCUCAAGCCAGAGUCUCCAGCUCCCAAAACUGACAGUUCGGAGAAGCCUGUUCAAACCGAGCCUCAGCAGGUCUGUGUCAGCACCGCUAAGGGCACUGCCUACAGCCCGUCCCCGUCUGAUGGAGCUGUGACUCCUGCUCAGGUUGGAGUUUGGGAACGGAUCCGCACGCCAAAGGAGACGACAAAUAACCUCCACAUGAAACUGAAACUGACUUCUCCAGAGCAAAAGCUGAUGAGUCCAUGUGUGGUACAACUGGUGGAUGUGCUCACGGUUCAAGAAUCAGCGAUGAAGCUUCAGGAUGCUGUUGUCAAAGGUCAAGAUGCUAACUGCAAAAGUGGUUGGCCUCUGCCCAAAGACCUCCGCCGCCACCAAGGUCUUCACACUGGCCACCGCCUGUGCUGCUUCACCCCGUGUGAAAACGGCAUUUGGCGGCUUCAGAAGGUGGUCACCCACUCCCGUGAUGGAUACCCUUGCAGCAUCUGUGGGAAGACGUUCAAGCGACGGAAGAUUCUCCGGCGGCACGAGCGUUUUCACACUGGAGAAAAACCGUACCCAUGCUCUAUGUGCUCAAAGUCAUUUGCACUGAGGAAGAGCCUCCGACGCCACUCCAGGUUUCACACGGGGCAGAGGCCGCACACCUGCACGCAGUGUGGCAAAAGCUUCCGUCUGCGAGAAAAUCUGAAAGCACACCUGAGGUUUCAUUCUGGGGAGAAGCCUUACAACUGUGCCACUUGUGGCAAGAUGUUCAGGAUCCCAAAAAAUUUGGAGAAACACAAAAUGAGCCAGUGUGGAUUCUUCGUUCCUUCGUUCAGAACAAUUGCUGGCUUAUAGCAGUGUCAAAACAGCUGUCAGUGGCUGGUUGUGGGGGUUUCACCACUUUCUACCUCAGACUGAAAACACUGUAUCGCUUUUGUAGAAGACUGUCAUGUAAUGUUCAGAUAAGAAGGUUAAAAGGCUAUGAUAGUUUAUAAGAGUUGUACAACUGCUUGACACUCUUUUUUUGCAUAAUACCUUAUAGAAACGGGAUCAGUCUGCACAAUGGGUCCCCUCCACAUCGCCCAGUAACCAAGUAUACUACAUACUGUAUGUGCUGAAGAACUUUACUGCUCCUUGGAGAUUGUCUUGUAAAAGGGUUGGAAACAUGGAUGUAUAAUAACUGGAUACCAGGUCUCAAAAAUGGCGCCUAUUAAGUUCAUUCGAGUUCCUCCCCUGGCUUAUACGCUGAAAACGUUUUUAAGCUUUCGGAUUGACUUAAGAGAUAUGCAACCCACUGGAUGUGUGCAGUAGGGUUUCGACCGCUGGCCUGACCACUUAGCCCGUAGACUUUUAAAUCACGUUCCACGGCUGGAGGGAAGUGUUUCAGAUAUAAAAAGUAGAAGGACUAAUAAUUUAGAAUAUAAAUAGUCAUAAUCAACCAGCAGUUUGUUGUGUUCUGUCAACAGUUUUACAGGCGUCUCUUUUACAAUGGUGGCCAAGUGGGAAAAUCUUUUUA